AAGCCUCUUCAAGGGAAAAAGUUCUGAUACGUUUCACGAAUAAUCGCAAAUGAUAAGCAAAAUAUCUGAAUAAUCACGCAAGGUGAGAUACUUGAGCUGAGGUGAGGUCAUUUGCGUUUCUCAGAUGCGGUCAACAUUUACUUAUUCUUUCUGAGAUUUCAGGUCCAGCAUCAUCUUUUCGAUAGAGACAACUUCACUAAUGGAUUUUUUAGGAACGCACCUUUGUCUUGAACAGUUCAAGGACUUGAUGAUCCUACUUGUGGGUAUACUGGUCCUUCACUAUGUGAACCUGUUGACCCCAGCACAGAAUCCAAGGUCGUCAAGGGUUCUGGAUACAGUCUUGACUGUCUGUUUGGUGGCGCCUUGCAUCUAUAUGUUUCCAUUUGAGAUGAUGAAACACCAUGCUCUGGUUCUCUGGGCUUUCGUUACCUGUGCAACCAGAGAAGGAACAAUUGUUAUGCUUGCCGUUGAAGCUCUUCUUCUGUUGUCACCAGUGUCUUCUUACUUGGGAUGGUAUAACAUCUGUAUCUGCCUACCGGGACUUUGGUCUUUUAUACGAUCAGUGGAUGUUCAUACCACAGAGUGUAGUCUUAUACCAGCGAAGGAAUCUGCAUUUAAUAAAGGUGGGGCGAAAACUGCAGAACCUGGAUAUUUUGCAGUGCAUGUCAGGGAUGAAAAGGUCAGGGCCACGAAAAGACACCAUGACAACGAAAAAAAGAGACGGUUUGUUGUUGAUAAUGUUACAAAGGGAGGUAACUCAAAUGGCUCUCAGAUAUCGACAGGAGACAACAAAGAUACCCCAUCUAGUUAUGUCGUUACUGGCGUCUCUGGUGGUAACGUCAAAGAAUCAAUCACAGCUGGUUACGUUGGACGUGAUAUCAAUUAUGAAAAGACCAUUCGAGAUAAUGUGGUGUCAGGGCCCAGUAACAUCGGCAACAGUGUUCAACAGGCAACCAAGGAAGGUGUGUCUGCGAGUGGGAGUACCCCUGAAAUAGACGUAGAUGAUCCUGGUGAAAACAAACUUGACUUAUCCAAGAGAAACGUGAUUACCAAUAACACGGUGAAGCAGGAGGACACGACGGUGACAAACUCCUCACUGGGGAAUGCACAAAUGAAAAAUGUGCAUAUCUCUGUAAACACUGAUUUUUCUCGGAUAGUCGAAAGAUGUCGCGAGGUCACUGAGACUGAUGGAGACUGUGAUGCCCAUGCAGGUACUGGAAUGCCAGAGAUCACAGAGGACAAUAGAAGAGACUCGAACAUGCGUGAAGCUGUUGAAAUACAAACUUUGUUGAAAGAUAUUAAAGGCGAGGCCAGUGAAACCAGUUCUGCUGUUACAACAACCAUGAAACGUAUAGAGAAUGAUAUAGAUCAAGUCAGAUCGACUGUUGCAGCCAUCAAACAAACAAGUACAAGUACAUCCAGACAAGUAGAGGAUGAUAUGGAUCACCUUAAGUCAAAGGUUACUGAGCUUACCGCAGAAGUCGAAAUACUAAAGAAGGCUAAUUGUGAGGCAGAGGAGGCAUGUUCUUCUCUAGUCACCAAUGUAGUUGCACGUACGACCAGACAAGUUGAAAAUGAAAUGGGUCAACUCCGUUCAAAGGUUGUUGACCUCACCAGAGUGAUUGAUACACUACGGAAGACAACCUGUGAGGUCCGUGAGGCUACUGUUACUGUAGCAACCACCAAACAAGAAGUGGCAAGUCUAUCCAGACAAGGUGAGGACCAAAUGGACACAUUCUAUUCAAAAGCUGCUGAACUCACCACAGCGAUCAAUGAACUAAAGAGACUCAGGUGCAAUUGCGGGCACGCACACUGGCAUUGUCACUGAUACAGAGGCUAAGGAGAAUUUUAAGAAAAUUGGUCGGACCCCUACAAUCCUUUUCUGCUGUUACACCAUAGUUCUUGAGACAACACGUGGCGCAAUGUCAACAAAGAAUAUAAGUAUUUAUUGCUCAACUUACAACUUGUAGGACAACUUGAACACAACUUCCAGCAGGGGACAUUGUGAUGCUGACACUUGGGCAGUAGAUGGGCUGGACUGACUGGUUACUUCAUCCCUUCAAGUCCUUCUCUGUAUUGUCCUUCUUCUGGUUUGUCCGCGCUCUUCUCGCUCUCUGCCAGACCUCCCCUGUUUUCCUGUCCUGUAUGCAACUAAGCAACUAACAAUCUCCAUCGGUCUACAUUUCUCACGGACAAAAUCUGCUUGGUUUGCCAUAUUUUGACAAGCUGGACAUAUACUCGACAAGGGUGUACAACAAUAGUGCUACACUGUGGGAGCUGGGGAUCGCCUUGUUCAACUGCCUGGCAUUUGUUUGUCAGUUAGUGACUUUCGGUACUUACGAUGAGGACAUUAUAUCAGAACUGUUGAGUUUAUUGUGUUGAUUUAUGGCCAAGGAAUGCUGUAUUUCAAGUUACAAUCUGCAAGUAAGUGAAGUUUUAGCUCAAUACACCAAUAACAUACGCAGCGGUUAAUUUCACUACGAGGGUGUCAAUUUCUAUCGACCAUUUCUGAGCAUGUCAUGAACCUGUCACCUUCGCGUAAAACGUCUUCGUUGGGCGUGGUACGUGAAGCACUGGCAACGUUGCAUUUCGAUACAACAAUAUUUCAAAAUAUUUCGACCGCGUCGUUGUUUUUUAGAAAGCAUAUUCAUCGUAUCAGGUGUGUACUUUCUUUUGUACGUCAGCUUACAUUAAGAGUUAGUGAGUGAGUGAGGAGACGACCCCAACGCCCCGCAUACAUUUAGAAUGUUUUACAAUUGUCAUUAAUUGACUAGGGCUGGGUACUCCAGAGAAUUUUCUUACUGCGAUAUAUUGCGAUACGAAAGCAUAUAUUGCGAUAUGUAUUGCAAUGUAUUGCAAGAAGUUACUUAUAAUCGAGUUAAUGCCUGAUUUAUAAAGCAAAAACACAACAAAUACAUUAUGCUUGAUUAAGGUUUAAUGAAAAAAACUAAUCAUGCCAAAAGAAAAUGUAAAUAAUAUUUGGCACAAAUGAAACAAGGAAAAUAAAAAAAUUAUAAAGCGAAAAUAUCCGCAGA